AUUUUGUAGCGAGGUUCUGAGCAUUUUCUGUGUUUAACCUUGAUUUCAGUCAUGUCUGGACGUGGCAAACAAGGAGGCAAGGCUCGCGCCAAGGCCAAGUCGCGCUCGUCCCGCGCUGGCCUCCAGUUCCCGGUAGGGCGAGUGCACCGCUUGCUACGCAAAGGCAACUACGCGGAGCGGGUGGGGGCUGGCGCGCCCGUCUACAUGGCGGCGGUCCUCGAGUACCUGACCGCCGAGAUCCUAGAGCUGGCGGGCAACGCGGCUCGGGACAACAAGAAGACGCGCAUCAUCCCUCGUCACCUCCAGCUGGCCAUCCGCAACGACGAGGAACUGAACAAGCUGCUGGGCAAAGUCACCAUCGCCCAGGGCGGCGUUUUGCCUAACAUCCAGGCCGUUCUGUUACCAAAGAAAACCGAAAGCCACAAAGCCAAAAGCAAAUAAAUGCAGACAAA